AUGCCACGACUCGUCCGCCGACGCCCGCUCCUCGAACGCUUGCGUGACCACCUCGAUCCAUGGGACGUCCUUUUGCAGCUCGCCGAAUGGGCCAACGACGACACGAUAAAUGAGUGGCUCCAGACGUGGGCGCUGCAGAUAGGAGUUGGGCUGAAUGUGCUGUUCAUCAUCGCAAAGCUGGCUGCGAAACCGAGCUUGAGGAGUGCAAGAGAUGAUGUUUUUGGGGAUAGUGAAAGUAGAGGUGGACCUGGGUGGUUUGGGUGGUUGGCUGCAUUCUUGGUGCCACUUCUUACGGGCCUCUGCAUCGCGAAUACGGUCUUCACCUUCUACCGCAAACGACAUUACCGCCUCUUUGAACAGCCGGUCGAAGAGUCUCCGGCAACCCCAUCAGCCCGUCUAGUCCGCGUCGACAGCUCGCCCAUGUCCUCUUCACCCUUACGAUACCUUCAACAGGCGCUCUCUGAGGCCACCUCCGGCGCGAAAGCACACGUUGACCCUGAGCGCGAAGUCUGGGAGGUCAGCAUGUGGGACCCUCAGCCCUUCAACCUCACUCUCUUCACGCUGUUCUCACCAGGCCAUCUGGCUUUCUACUAUGCCAUGCUUCCACCAGCGGCCCUAGAUCCAAACCCCUCGGUCAAGGUUGCAAUGGCAUUCAUCUUUGGUGUGAUGCUGUCCGUCCAGCUAGGCGCUCUUCGGACAUUCUUCAGCCAGCAGUCAAAGGAUGCGGUUCUGGUCCAUGGAGAAGUCAUGAACGAGUACGACACGAAGUUCGUCCGGCCGAACCUCAACCGGCCAGUGCGAGAUGUAGGGGUACAGACGCGUGAGAGCGCUCUGACGCCACGUGGUACCAAGACUCGAGAGGUGGACGUCUAUACACCAACCACCAUCAUCAAACGCGGCUUCAGGACCAAUCCAAACCCCAACUACGCACGUCAGUACGACCCCGACAACCUAUCGGCAGAAAUGUCGAGCUCGAGACGGACUUCAGACGUCGGCGUGGGUAACCAGCUCAGCAACGUCUCCACUCCUCCUCUUCCCACACCAAGCAACGCCUACGCGCGCACCAAUGGCUACACCAACUCAGCGUACUCCCGCCCAAGUACAUCGGGCCAAGACUUCUCAUCGCCUCUAAAACCCCACCACGAGCGUCUUCGCGAGCGGACACCCAUCCGAGGUGACGGAGGAAGCCUAGGCGUCUACAGCCAUGCAGCAAGCCCUCUGCGUAAAGCGGCGAGUAGCAACCAUCUGGCGUCGCGGGAGAGCAGCACGCAGACGGGCCGACCGACCAGUCCUCUGAAACGCACAAGUACUCCGGGGAUCAACGGUAGUUUAGCUGGUGCAAGCGCACGCAGGCGGGAGACGGGGCGAUUCUAG